AUGGACGUCGUUGAAGUAGAGGGAGAAACUAUUGCACCUGGAGAAGGAACUAAAGAAGCGGGCUGGCUUACCAGCCACCGCAAUAGGAGCCGUAGAGCUAUAGAGCAGUUCAGCAUAAUGAGUAAUGAAACAAGCAAAACAACUGGCACUGGCGAAGCGCGCUCUGGUGCAUGCCAGAGCACAGCGCGUGCCACCAAGAAACCGAAGCCGCCGCGACAGCCACAACUUCCAAGGGAAGAUAUAAAGAUCAUCGUACGGCCCCGCGGCGGGCUAAAUGUCUCAAAACUAAGUGAUGCGCAAAUUCGAGAUGAAGUAUUGCGAGCCGCAGCAGUACCGAUUGCAGAGGCGGAAGAUGACAUAUAUCGCUCCUGCGCGGAAAAAAAUGUCAUAGUAAUCAGCACUCCGCGAAUGGCAAAUGCUGAGAAAUACAACCGCAUCAGGGAACUCCAAAUUGGAGACACGCACUACGAAGCCACAGCCUACGCCGCCCCACCGGCAGACACCUACAAAGGCGUAAUCCACAACAUUCCGGUCUACGACACUGCGGAGGACAUCACCAAAAGUCUCAUCUACAAGAAGAACCCCACCAUCUUGCAGGCCCGUCGCAUGGGCAACACCAACUCAGCCAUCAUCAUCUUUGAAGGCCCAAAUGUACCCUUCUACGUCUACUACAGAGGCGCCGAGUACCGCUGCUACCUCCACAAGAAAAAAGUCGAAGUGUGCGGAGCCUGCGGCCGGAUCGGUCAUCGCGCGGACGUGUGCCCUACCCCCGACAAGAAACAGUGCAAAGACUGUGGUGCCCAAAACCCCGCGGACAAUCACAGCUGCAACCCUAAGUGCGCGCUGUGCGGUAAAGAUCACCCCACGGGAGACAAGAGCUGCCAGAGACGCUUUCAGACGCCUUUCCUCAUCAAACAGCGCCAGUGGGAAAAACAGCGACAACAACAACAACAAACCUUGCACAACCACAGCGGCGGUGGCGGCAGAGACCCAUCGUUGCCACGUCAAGCAGGCAAGCAGACAACGGCAGCCCAACGCCCAUCCCGAUUAAAAUCGAGGGACACUGCCGCCGAUCGCAAGGCAUCCAGAUCAAGAUCCCCAUCGGGACAUAGACCCCAAGCUAAACAAGAAAGCAAGACCUCAACCAAUAACAACAAGGUGAGCUGGGCAAAUGUAGUCUCCCAGUCCGAACCCACUAAAAGAGAAAACCCCACGCUCCCCUCAUCUCACGACAGCGAGCUAACUAAAAUCAAACAAAUGCUCGAAAUUCUACUAACAGAGAAUAAGGCCCUCAAGGCCGAGGUAGCCCGACUGAAGGCGACACCGCCGAAAGAAGUUGUACCCGCAGAACCAGAAACUGCCCAUAUAGAGAUAGAUGCACCUCCGGCAGUUGCAGAACCUACCACACAAUACGCGCAGUCAGAUUUCGAUACCGAGAGCCUACCCGCGAAGCGCAGAGCGGUAGAACAAUCCCCUCCUUCCCAAGGGACAACCGCCCACUCUGGCACCUCUAAGCGUAACAUCAGGGAAGAGACGAUCAUAGAGGAAAUCACCAGGGCCAUUGAUAUCAAAUUCGAGAUAAUGCAUAAAACAUUCCACGCCAUGAUAACAAACCUUGCCGAAAAUUAUAAUGCUAGAAUCGCGGUUCUCGAAAACGCCCAAUAA